AUGAACAACCCCAAGAAGGACAACGCCAAGAAAGAACACGCCAAGAAAGGCAACACCAUAAAAGAACACGCCAAGAAGGACGAUACGACGGUGAUCAACACGAGGCCAAAAAAGGUUGUGGAGCACAGCUAUUGCCUCAGCAGGUUCAUAGAUGAAGACAAGCCAAUGAAGUUUAGGCUGCCGAAAAAGAAGCCAAUGGCCGAUAAGGUGCUCAAGCAGAUUAUGCAUAAGCUUAAUCCCGACAUUCUCUUCGUACUUGGUGAUAAGGCCUAUGGCUGCCAUGGAGUAGUGCUGCGCUACUACUCCGAGGUGUAUGGCUACUGCCUGCCCACGGGCAUGAUAAUAGGUCUACCGACUGACAAGAUAACUAGCCUGGCCUUUGUCUUGGCCUACGAGUGGAUGUUGCAGACGGAGCUGCAGUGCCCCCGCGGCAAGCUGCUCGAGUUGCUUCAGGCAGCGCAUUAUUUUUACAUGCCGGGGCUUGUAAAGAACUUGUUCAGGUGCCUGUGCGAUAAGGAUUGCUUCGGUGAGCCGGAUGCGAUUGCGACCUACUUUGAAGCAAAGAGCAAGAACAAGUGGGGCAUCGCCAAGCUGAUGCUGACCUGUGUCCGCAAAUACUUUCUGUUGCUGGUUUGCACCGAUGAGUAUCGUGAUAUGGACAUAAGUUGCGUAUGUAAACUGCUGUCUUCCGACAGUCUCGCCGUUCAGUCGGAGGUGGAGGUGUUAUUCGCGGCCUUGUAUUGGAUAUUCUCCGACUAUGAUGGGCGCAAACAGCACUUGCCCGCAGUCCUUGAAACCGUGCGUUACAUCCUGAUACCACCCAAGUCUCUGAUCAACCUUGCCGCCCAUCUGCACGAGAUGGUGCCGAGGGUGGCAGAUGAGUUGUUGCCUAGGUUGCAUAUGGCCAUGCUGUUGCAGCAGGAGAUGUACAUGGGAACCCUCUCUGAAAACGAGAUUAGGACGCGUGAUCGCUUCUGGAUUAUCGAUCCGGGAUGCCAUUACCAAAACUUUGAUGGUCAGCUUCGAAAAGAGGAAAUAUUUAGUCCCAUCGACUUUAUAACAUAUCUAGAUAAACUUGACAGCGCCACAAGCUUUUUGGGUCGCAUUCAGGUGAAAGUGCGUCAACAGAGAGAUGAAAAGUUCGAUUGA